AUGGCUCGUCAGUCUCAGUGGAAAGGACGUAGAGGGAAGCCGAGGUGUGAUCAUUGUCGAUUAAAUAAUUUGAAGUGCGACAGGAUUCUUCCAACAUGCAAUCACUGCUCAUGGGCGAAUCGGGAGUGCAAGUACACGCCUUUACCGACACCAGCCCACCGAGGCAUACCUCGUUGCGAUAGGUGUCGUUUUCACAAUCUGAAGUGUGACCGAAAUCUUCCCGUUUGCAACCACUGCGCAGGAGAUGAAGGAGUAGAAUGCAAUUACACUCCAAAGAAGCGACACAAAGUCCCGUCAGACCAUGCUGCCACCGUUGCUGCUGCCGCCGCUGCCACCAUUGCCACCAUUGCUCCUGCUGCGCCCGCUUCUGCCACUGCUUCUUCUUCUGCUGUUCCAAAGGAAAGACCAGCACCUUACACUGCUAAAACAGCCUCUUUUCUCAUCUCAGAUAUGCCAAACGAGGAGAGUUAUACCACUGGAAAUUGGAUUGCGGAACAUCCGGAGGGCGUAAAGGGCAAACUACCCUCGGGCAUGUACGAGAUCUACUCGGAUGGCUCGCCAGGAUCUGAUGAUGAUUCUGCCGAUGGUGUCAAUACUCCCAAGCAUCGUCCUCCUUAUGAUAGCAGUACCUGGCAUUCUCGCGCCCGCUCUAUGGGUUCGUCUGCAUCAAAGUCGUGUACCUUUGACAACAAACUUCUCCCCGGCCGUCAUCUUGAUCCCUGGUACCAUUCUACAUUCGCACCCCUUCCGAGAUCUAUUCUGCAAGGCAUCCGUACCGUGAAUCCUAUCGAGAUGCCCACCCGACCGAACUACGAUGAGGCUUUGAACAAAUUCCUUGCAGAGUUGCCCGCCGAGCUACGCGAGAUCGCUGCGUUUACACCGGAGACAUAUGCGGAUCUUACGCGUGCCGUCGUGAAGGGUGAUUUCUCGACCUUGACUCCUCGAGUGACCUCGUGGGUUCAAUACCAUCAUGUGCGUCCCGGAUCCCGGAAGUACCAUCUACUUCUACUCCCUCGUGAAGCAUACUUCAGCAUCCGUGGGGAGAAAGAAGAGAAAUUGCGGAACGAAUUCAUCGCGGAGGUAGAUGGAGAAAUACCAACGAACAAGAGUUCGGCCACCUCCCUCGGGCAUGGCCCCGGCCAACAUGUCAUCAAUAGCCACGAGGGCGUCUCAGCGUUCCUCAGAGUCCCUGUUUCGACCCAGAUCUACGAUAUAUUGGUUUAUGCACACAAGAACCACGCUUCAACAACUCAGACGCUUGCGCAAGUCAGACAGGCUGGAAUCGCUUCCGUCACUUGGCCCAUGGUGGAGACAUUUGUUCGCUUGUGUCCCUUGUGCAGUGCGCGGGCGAAACCGAUAACCCUGUGAGGAUUUUUCUGUCCAAUGGAUUCCAGAUAGGUUAUAUGCAUGUUAGUUUCUUUUAUACGCAUGGUAGCCUCUUUUAUGCAAUUUGGCAAGGGUAUUGGAAGGGUGGAACGUUGAUUUUACCAAGAAUAAAUUGUUGACAGCUUGUGUUAAAGUGUAAUCACCAGUCGUUGUGUACGCUUC